AAGAUGGGUCACCAGCAGCUGUACUGGAGCCACCCACAAAAAUUCGGCCAGGGUUCUCGCUCUUGUCGUGUCUAUUCAAACCGGCACGGACUGAUCCGGAAAUAUGGCCUCAAUAAGUGCCGCCAAUGUUUCCGUCAGUACACGAAGGAUACCGGUUUCAUUUAAGUUGGACUAAAUGAUCUUCCUUCAAAGGAUUAUCCAAGUCAUCUACUCAAUGAAAAACCAUGAUAGUUCUUUGUACAUAAAAUAAACAUUUGAAAAAACAAAACAAAAUGAAAAAAAAAAAAUGUGAGGUCUCUUCCUUCACUGAAUGUCCCUACCCACCACUUACCAUCUGACGCUCCAGCUGCAUAAUUUGUGUAGCCUCUUGUUCAAAAACCUGGAGAAAAGUGUCAUUUUAUAUUGUGCAAUGCCAAUUUCAAACACAAACAUAAGACGUAUUAACUUGUCUGUGGAAUCAUUGACAUGACGUAGCUCUUAUGUGUAGCUCACAUGUGUAUUUUAUUCCAAGAACAGUGAAAGCAUUGCACAAAACUAACAAUUGUUUUGAUUUCACU